AUGCCGACUACAUUGACAUCUGUGAAAGCGUUUCAGCGCCUCGACUCGCGGGGCAAGCCCACCGUGCAAGUCGAGGUGGAAACCAAAGACGGAAAAUUCCGUGCCAUCGUGCCGUCGGGCGCAUCUAAAGGAGACUAUGAAGCGAUUGAGUUGCGCGACGGCGGUGACGCAUACAGAGGAGCUGGGGUUCAGCAAGCCGUGCAGAACGUGCGAGAGAUUAUCGGUCCUGCGCUCCUAGGUCGGCAGUUUGAUCUGGAAAUGGGACUAAAAGAGAUCGACAACUUUAUGAUUGAGUUGGAUGGCUCUCCCGAUAAGAGUGACUUAGGUGCAAAUGCCAUUCUUGGUGUCAGCAUGGCUUGUGCCAGAGCAUGUGCUGCCGCGAAGAAAGUCCCAUUGUACGAGUUUCUGGCCCGCCAGAUUCAAUCGUCACCCCGACCUUACGUCGUUCCGGUGCCUUUCUUCAAUGUUCUCAAUGGUGGUGUCCACUCGGGGAAUACAAUGGCUUUUCAAGAGUUUAUGAUCGCGCCGACAGGUGCCAACUCCAUCACUCAGGGUAUCCAAUGGGCGAGCGAGGUGUAUCAGGCAUUGAAAUCAAUCAUCAUCAAAGAGUUUGGCAAAGUAGCUAUUGGUAUCGGCGACGAAGGGGGAUUCGCGCCGCCCAUAACUCAACCCAGUAAAGCGUUGGAUCUUAUAAUCGCCGCCACCAAGGCCGCAGGACAUCAAGGGAAGAUUAAAAUAGGCAUUGAUCCUGCCUCAUCGGAAUUCUUUCGCGAUGGACACUACGACUUGGGUUUUAAGUCCGACCAGCCAAGGAAACUCGCCAGUACGGAACUGGCAGAUUUAUACAGGGCUCUCGUCGACAAAUAUCCAAUCAUCUUAUUGGAAGAUCCUUUUGCGCAAGACGAUUGGGACUCAUGGAAACAUUUCCAUGCGGUCACAAAGCUCGACAAAGUUGAGUUAGUGGGCGACGACCUCCUAGCGACUAACAUCAUACGUAUAGAGAAAGCCGCGGAAGCUGACGCGUGCGACUCCCUGCUCCUGAAGGUCAACCAGAUCGGCACAAUCAGUGAAGCUCUGGCAGCGGCAGAAAGGGCGUACGAACUUGGCUGGGCGGUCUUUGUGUCUCAUCGUUCUGGGGAGACGACCGACGACUUCAUCGCCGAUCUUGCAGUGGGCAUUGGCUGUGGCCAUUUGAAGGCUGGUGCACCCUGUCGGGGCGAGAGAGUGGCCAAGUACAACCGGCUGAUGGAUAUCGAGGAUGAAUUGCAGGCACGGAAAGUUGGCUUUUCUUACGCAGGGGAGUCGUUUCGGUAUGCCUAUUCCCAGGCUAAGAGCAAAUGA